CAUUUGGAAAAGAAUUGAUGAUAGAUGGACUCGCCAACUCUGUCGUCCACUUCAUGUUGCGGGGUACUAUUUGAAUCCGCAUUGCGAUUUGAGGAAACAUUUUCUAUUAACUUUGAAGUCAAACAAAGUUUGUACCAAUGUAUGGAAAGAAUGUUGGAUUAUGAAGAGAGAUUUAAAGUGGAUGUUCAGUUAGAUUCAUAUGACCAAUUGAAAUGGGAUUUUGGAUGUCAGAUAGCUGCGGAUUCUAGGAAAGUGAGAUCUCCUACGGAUUGGUGGAUACGCUUUGGCGGACAAACUCCAGAGUUGACUAAAUUUGCAAUUCGUGUCUUGAGUCUCACUUGCAGCUCCUCGGGUUGUGAAAGAAAUUGGAGUACCUUCGAGUCGAUUCAUACCAGGAAGAGAAAUAGACUUGAGCAUCAUAGAUUAAAUGCUCUCGUUUAUGUGAGGUACAAUACUAGACUGAGAGAAAGGAGCAUAAAAAGAAAAUUGCAAAAGUUUGAUCCAAUUCUAGUAGAUGAAGUUGAUUCUGAUGAUGAAUGGAUUACUGAAAAGGAAGAUCCUGUGCUUCCAGAAGAUCCUUCUUGGCUUGAUGAAGAGAAUUUAUUUGAUAUUGAUGUUGUUAGGACGGUGCCGCUUACACCAUAUGAGAAUGAUCUUACACAUGAAUCAUUCAUUGAUGUUGGGAGUUUAAGAGAUACAAGUGAAUAGGGUCCCUCUAA